UUUAGUUCGUUAUUUAUUUUUAUAUUUUUACAGAAAAUUUAUUUUUUUAUACAUUUUAAUUUGAAAUUUGUUAUUUUAACUCAAUUUGCAAACAUUUAUUAGCUUUAAUUUGAUUAAAAAACAAUUAAAAAUCUAAAUAAACGUCAAAAUUACCAUAAAUAAAGAAAAUUCAAUAAAGAGUGACGAAAGUACGCGAAUCUUUCGACAUUGAAUUCGCGCCAAUGAUGGACUAUUUAUAUCGGAACGCCACUCAUCGUCAACGUCACCACUGAAAAUUCGUUCUCUCGCGUUCCGAAGUGUGUUUAUUUUAUUAGAAAAGUGCAUCAACAAACAUGUCUCUCGUAGCACGCGCGGCGUCAAUUCUCACAAAAUAUCCCGUCACGCGUGGCAUGCUCAGCUACUCCAUCAUCUGGCCUUCCGGGUGUUUUUUACAGCAAUUAUGGUUCAACGACGACAAGCACGUGAAUUGGCAAAAAUGUUUUCGCUUCCUGCUUUAUGGCGGAUUUUUUGUUGCACCGACAUUGUAUGCCUGGGUGCGGUUGUCGACAAUCAUGUUUCCCGAUCCGGGCAUCAAAUCGACGCUAGCCAAAGUUGUUGUCGAACAACUUUCGUAUACGCCCUUUGCCAUGACCUGUUUUUACUUUGGCAUGAGUCUCAUGGAGGGAAGUACGGCACGAGAAGCUGUUGGGGAGGUUGCGAGUAAAUUUUUGCCGACUUAUCAAGUGGCAAUGAGCGUUUGGCCCGCAGUGGCUUUUGUCAACUUCACUCUCAUCCCCGAGCGGAAUCGUGUGCCGUUCAUCAGUUGUUGCAGCCUGCUCUGGAGCACGUUCCUCGCCUACAUGAAACACCUUGAAAAGCAAAAAUUAAAGCAAUCUUGAAAGAAAUCACUUUUUAUGUGGUUCCAAUUAUUCCGAGAGAUGUCACUAAUGACGUCUUAAACUACAAACUAUAUGUACGCAAAUUAUAAAAAGAAAGCAAAGCAAGGCAACAUUGAAUAGGCAUUCAUGUGAAAUUAAUUGUAUUAAAAUUGAUUUAAAUAUACAAGAGACA